ACUGUGUUGCUAUGACGCUUGUGAUCAAUUCCUUCAUAGGCCUACACUGGUUCACGUUGUUUUCUGCUUUGGAAAAUCGUGGAAAAUGGUUCGGGAACUAAAUAUGGAUACACAGAGACAAAAUUUUUGGAAGGAGUCGAUUCAUAAAGAAGCGACUGUUCGGUUAUUGUGGCACAUGAAGUUUUCCAAGGAAUUCGCUAGAGACCACAAUGUUCUGAAUCAGAAGAAAUCCAAACUUGCACCUUUAAAAGUUGCUACAAUCUCAACAUCGCCGAUCAACACGUUCAAUCUGGAACGGUAUCCUAAAGUUAAAGCAGCAAAGGCGGGAGUUCUUUCUUCAACUAAUGAAGAAAAGUUACAACACAAGUCGGUUUCGGAGAUGCGCCCAGUAACCACAACUCGAGAUUUACUGUUCAAGGGCUUCAGCGCACUGGGGGAAGGGCGGUAUCAGUAUUUACAGAAACGGAAACAGAAAAAACCCGAGCAGAAGUACGAAUUUCCUAUCACAUCUGGUUGGGAAUAUGGCUGGAAAGUUACGACCUCAAUGAAGAAUUCUAGCACGAGGCCAGCUGAGUUUGGACGCACAAGAAUUGUAAAGGAUUCAUUUUAUCGCACAAAUGGGGUUUUGCCAAUGGAGACUAUUUCUUCGAUAGGGGUUUAAACUUGCAGAGUAUUUUAGCAAUCCCAAAAAUACUAUUUUGCCUCUUUUCGUUAUUUUUGAUGGCAUGUAUUUUUUACUUGGUCAAAAAUCUUUAUAGGUACGGUAAGUCGAACCCUUAGGAGUAAAGAUAAAUGUAGUACUUUUUUAUUUUGUCAUGGAAAAUUUCUGGACAUAA